CUUUGCUGGGUUUUUUUUGCCUUCCUCUGGAUCAACUGUGGACUUUAGGGGGGCCGGACUGUGGCCAUCGGGAGUAGAAAACGUCCCUCAUCAUUCGGAGUAAACAAUGACCCAUGUUUGAUGUCAGUGAGACAAAUUGUGCCCUAUACUUGGUGUCUUUGGCAGGAAUUUUGCACCAUCAUUGGAGUAAUGGGGCCACAUUGUUGGUGUCAUUGGGAGGAAUAUGCCCCAUCAUUGGUGUCAUUGGUAGGAAUAGUGUCCCAUCAUUGGUGUCAGUGGGAGGAAUAGUGCCCCAUCAUUGGUGUCAUUGGGGAGGAAUAGUGCCCCAUCAUUGGUGUCAGUGGGAGGAAUAG